AUGGUACGUAAAACUCAGACUAAUAUAUCUGGUACAACACUUGACAAUAAGAGGCGAACUUUACCCAAUUUUCGCUUUGUAUUACACCCGAUAUACAGUAUAUUUCCAAUGGAUAUUACAAAUAUGACAUAUGAAGAGUACUGGAAUCUCUACAAUGAAUACAAAACAAAGGCAUUCCAUAAUGAACUUGAACCAGUGAUACCACAGCAUAGUGAUUUUUUUAUGAAUACUAAUAUCCCUAAUAUACCAACUACUGUCUAUCAACACCAAGUUGGAGCUCCUCAGUAUGCAAUAUAUCCUUCUCUUGGUCCUAUCUAA